AGCUUUUGGAGGGUGAAAAUCUACUGAAAAAAAGAUGGGAAAAGGAGCCAGGCAGCGACAUAAUGCCGAAAAGAACCAUGCAGGUGGGAGUGAAUCCCCAGCUACACCCGAGACCGGCUCCGGAGGGGGCGGAGUAGCCCUGAAGAAAGAGAUCGGAUUGGUCAGUGCCUGUGGCAUCAUCGUAGGAAACAUCAUUGGCUCCGGGAUCUUUGUCUCGCCAAAGGGCGUGCUGGAGAACGCCGGCUCAGUGGGCCUUGCCCUCAUCGUCUGGAUCGUGACUGGUCUCAUUACAGCUGUGGGAGCCCUCUGCUAUGCCGAGCUCGGGGUCACCAUCCCCAAAUCUGGGGGUGACUACUCAUAUGUCAAGGACAUCUUCGGAGGACUGGCUGGGUUCCUGAGGUUGUGGAUUGCUGUGCUGGUGAUCUACCCCACCAACCAGGCUGUCAUCGCCCUCACCUUCUCCAACUACGUGCUGCAGCCACUGUUCCCCACCUGCUUCCCCCCGGACUCUGGCCUUCGACUCCUGGCUGCCAUCUGCUUAUUGCUGCUCACAUGGGUCAACUGUUCCAGUGUGCGGUGGGCCACCCGUGUUCAGGACGUCUUCACAGCCGGGAAGCUCCUAGCCCUGGCCCUGAUCAUCGUCAUGGGGGUUGUGCAGAUAUGUAAAGGAGAAUACUUCUGGCUGGAGCCAAAGAACGCCUUUGAGAACUUCCAAGAACCUGACAUUGGCCUCAUCGCGCUGGCUUUUCUUCAGGGCUCCUUUGCCUAUGGGGGCUGGAACUUUCUCAAUUACGUGACUGAAGAACUGGUGGAUCCCUACAAGAACCUCCCCAGAGCCAUCUUCAUCUCCAUCCCCCUGGUCACCUUUGUGUAUGUCUUUGCCAACAUCGCCUAUGUCACUGCAAUGUCCCCCCAGGAGUUGCUGGCGUCCAACGCUGUCGCUGUGACGUUCGGAGAGAAGCUGCUGGGGGUCAUGGCCUGGAUCAUGCCCAUCUCCGUUGCACUGUCCACCUUCGGAGGAGUCAAUGGCUCUCUCUUCACCUCCUCCCGGCUGUUCUUUGCUGGAGCCAGAGAAGGCCACCUGCCCAGUGUGUUGGCCAUGAUCCAUGUGAAACGCUGCACCCCAAUUCCAGCUCUGCUCUUCACCUGCAUCUCCACGCUGCUCAUGCUGGUCACCAGCGACAUGUACACGCUGAUCAACUACGUGGGUUUCAUCAACUACCUCUUCUACGGGGUCACAGUGGCUGGACAGAUAGUCCUUCGCUGGAGGAAGCCGGACAUCCCCCGCCCCAUCAAGAUCAACCUGCUGUUUCCCAUCAUCUACUUGCUGUUUUGGGCCUUCCUGCUGAUCUUCAGCUUGUGGUCAGAGCCAGUGGUGUGUGGCAUUGGCCUGGCCAUCAUGCUCACAGGAGUGCCUGUCUACUUCCUGGGUGUCUACUGGCAACACAAGCCCAAGUGUUUCAACGACUUCAUUGAGCUGCUAACCCUGGUGAGCCAGAAGAUGUGUGUGGUUGUGUACCCCGAGAUGGAUGGGGGCUCGGAGACAAAGGGGACGCAAGAAGACAUAGAGGAGCAGCAGCAACCCAUCUACCAGCCCCAUGCCAGCAAGGACUUGCCCGAGCAGCCCCAGCCCUGAGUCCCCUUAGCUACACUCUGCCUCCUCCUCUCUGC